AUGUCUUCCCUCGCCGAGUCCGUCACCGCGGCUGCCCCGCGCGUGCCCAUCCCCGCCAACGGAGUCGAUUAUCGUGGCAAAAUCGUCUUAGCCCCGAUGGUGCGCUCCGGCGAACUACCCUCACGCCUGCUCGCUCUCAAAUACGGGGCCGACCUGGUCUGGGGUCCUGAGACGAUCGACCGCGCCAUAAUUGGCUGCCAGCGCCAAGUGAAUCCACGGAACGGUUGUAUUGAAUUCACUCGCAUGCCUUCCAACGGCGGCCGUCCCGAUAUCGUCUCAAAGGAAUCGGUCAUCUAUCGCCUUGACCCCAUACGCGAGAAGGGUCGUCUCAUCUACCAGAUGGGCACGGCGAACCCGGAAUUAGCUGUGCAGGCUGCCAAGGUUGUCGCAGCCGACGUGUCAGGCAUCGACGUCAAUUCAGGCUGCCCUAAGCCAUUCAGCACCAGCGGCGGCAUGGGAGCUGCGCUGCUACGCACUCCCGACAAGCUUGUCUCUAUUCUCGAAACGCUGGUCCGCGAGGUCGGCGAGCCUUUCCAAAUCGGCAUUUCUGUCAAGAUUCGUAUUCUCGAGACCCCCGAGGCUACUGAGGCUCUCGUCUCUCGACUCGUUCGCACCGGUAUCACAGGUCUGACGCUCCGCAUGAUCGCAGACGUGUGUCACAAAGCCGGUGUCGCAUGUAUCAUGAACGGCGACGUAACCUCUCGCGAUCACGGUCUGGCACUGAUGGAAGAAUUCGGCGUCGACGGCGCCAUGAUCGCUACUUCAGCCGAGUCCAACUCGUCAUGCUUCCGUUCCAAGGUGGACGGAGGACUCGCACCAUGGCGAGAUGUCGUUCAUGAGUACCUUCGUUUCUGCAUUGAGAGCGAGAACCGUCUUGGAAACACGAAGUAUCUGCUCAAUAUGCUGAUCCCCGGCAAGAACGAGGAGUUCAAGCAAGCCAAGCUAUCUCGAACGUACACUGAUUCUUGCCGUCGACUGAAAUUCGAUGAUCUGGUUCCCCAGGCUAUCGUGGACCACCCGCGCUCCAAGGCUGUUCAGAAUGCCAUGGCGAACAACGAGUCUGCUAAGGCUGCCGGGGGCAACAGCACCCGAUCCAAAGCAACUUCGUCUGUUGUGCACAACGGUGGCCCCAUUCGCACCUCAUCUAUUCCCGCACCGGUCAAGGCCGAGCCGGAGCAAGCUACUAUUGAUCCUUCGAUCCCGGCCCAGAUGGCCCAGAAGUCUGAGGUUGCGGCUUGA